AUGGCAAUGAGGCUUCCCGGGGGCGUUCGGACAGAGCAUUGUGAAGUCCCAAAAGAAAGAUACGGAGUGGACGCUUUCUACAACGUGCUGGAUGAGCGGUGCAUAAAGUCAAAAUAUGGCUACUUUCUGCCUGAAGAUCCGGGCUGCUUUGAUGCUCAAAUUUACUCUGUGAGCGAGCCCGAAGCUUCUUCCAUAGAUCCCCAGCAGAGGUUCUUCUAUAGGAGGUAUGGGAAUGCCUGGAAAAUGCAGGCGACAGCGAUUAGGAAGCCCCUCUCCUACAAAGAUCCGCUCAGCAUUGAUAAAACCCAUGUUCUCGGUACAGAAGGCUUCUCUUUGGCGAACUCAGUAUCCUAUAAGUUUGAUUUUUGGGAUCCGAGGUAUACAGCGUGCUCAUCGUCGAUGGUUGGGAUACAUGAAGCUUGUCAAUCCUUAGCCAGCGGAGCCUGUUCAUCGGCUAUUGGCGCUGGUACCAAUUCAAUCCUCAAUCUAUCGAUGACCACGAGCAUGUGUAGUAGCAUGGUACUGUCACAUGGCGGAAAAUGCCCGACUUUUGAUGCCAACGCCGAUGGCUAUGGACGCGGCGAGGCAAUCAAUGCAAAUGAUCCAAUUAGGGAGGUAAUUCGUUCAAGCGCGAUCAACUGUGAUGGGAAAAUAUCAAAGCGCCUCAUUCGGGAGACCUACCGACGGGCUAAUACCAAAGACUUAUCGAGAACUGCUUUUAUAGAAUGCCAUGAGACGGGCACACUCACUGGUGAUAAGAUUGAGACAGUGGCAGUGGCCGAAGCGUUCGAGGUGAAGGGAAUUGUGAUCGUGGCUGUGAUGAACUGGCAAUCAUCGACACUUGACUUAUAG